CGAAGCUCUGCUGUCUGACAGUCGGACAACUUGAACUCCAGCUUCUGCUAAGCCACACGAAAUUGCGGGGCGCGCCGCAGUCUUGCUCAGGUUUCAACUGAACCAAUCAAUGUGAUCAUCUCAACACGGAGAAUUACUGCGUACAUGUGGCGCGAGCUUGGGCCACAUCCGCCUUAGCAGCGCACAGCUAUGACGCUUUGGCAGUUAAGCGCGACGCGUAGUUUAAUUGGAAAAUUCACCAUUGCGCGUCGAGCGCGACCUGACCAUCAAGGCGGGACAAUAGCAACAAAAACAGACACAGCUUUAUUCGAUUCCCACGGAUUCCGCACCCAUUGAGCCUAAUCCAAGUCGCCAUGUCCAUCCUCAAAACGAGUUAACAAACAACAACAUUAAUGGCGAACAUAUUUAACAUAUCGAUAUGUCCUCUUCGCUUAGACGCACUUCUGGCGCGUCACGUCCAACGUCAUCAAGAUCUAUAUCUGCACCGACGCCAUCCUUAACGGCCGCAACAGGACUACCGUUUCCAGCACUACCUGCAUCGCCUGUAAAACAACUUUCGCCUACAAGACAGAGUCAGGCUUCCUCUGAUGACAGGAAGCGCAAGAGGGAGCCAACUGGCUUCUCUCAAGCGGGAGAUGGCCUUCUGAAGGCCUCCGUUGUGCUCAAGCCACAUCCCUCCAGUCUAACCGACAAGCCGCGCAUUCUAUCCCCCUUGAUGCUUCUUCCACGAGAACACUUGCCUCUGUCCGCCCUCGACCUUUCCCAACCGCAGGGCGAUUUCCCUCCCAGUCGCUUCUACGAAUCGCGUAUUAAGAUCUUGGACCUUGAAGGUCGAUUGGGCUCAAACAUACUUCUUGCCCGAUCUGAGGCUAAUCGCAUGCUGUAUGCGAUUGAGCGGGAAAGCGAUGGUUUAUACAUUCUAUGCAAGCUUGGGUCGUGGGUUGACGUUGAUGUUCUGGCCCAGUCCGCAACGGUCGUGUCGAGCCAACGGAUGAAAAGUUGCAAGCCAUCCCAGCUGGAGGUUGCCGCCCCAGGGCCCCUCAUCACACCACAAAUGUACAAGGAGACGAAGCGUCGAAAGCUUGCGAUAGAGGAGAUCCAGUCGUCGCUCAUUCGAAAGCGAUCCAACACGACAACUACUGAGCUGUCUCAGCUGCCUACACCAAUAUCAGGGAGUCCUGAUCAAUCGCUCGCGGAACCAGCCGAGGUACCGACAGUGUUGAACAAACCCGAUCUGCCAGCUGCUCUUCCACAUCCUGCCGAAGACGUAUUGUCGCAACCAACCGCCGAAGGGAUUUUCCAAAACAUCAGGAUGCAAUAUUUUGAAGCUCUAUAUCAUUCAAAGGGAUCAUUGGCGUAUUUUGCAAAGGGGCCGCUCUCUAGGGCACGAGCGGCUUUCCACUUAGACUGCGACUUGAACCUCGAAAUGAGCCAUCUCAUUGACUUUCUGAGAAGUCUUGUUAUGACGACAGCUUUGAUAGACAAGAAGUAUCGGGAGACUCUCCCCGAAGUUAUCGGCAAAAUGAAGACCAUUGUGGAGGAUUCCGAGCAAGCGCGUUCACGGUUGAAGCCCAGAAAGAAGAGGGUCAAAAAACCAAAGCUUGGCAAGGAUGGACUUUAUCCGUCGGAAGAAGAGCAUAUCGAGCGAUGGUGGGUGACGCACAAGCCGAGUACUAUACAAGACGAUGAGAAAAUGGUGGCGGCGACAGAGGCCAAACACCACAUCUCGGCUCUACGGCGUCGGGAGACUCAGUUGCAGAUGAUCAUAAUACUCGAGAUACUGGCUCUCGAGCCUCUGAACAGACCGGUAGAAGCUGCAGAGGACAGCCAAUUGCCGGGCUUGGAUACGCAAGAACCGAUCAAACCAGAAGGAAACAAAAAGAAGAACAAGACGGCCAACUUAGCGCUGUUGCUGGAUAUGCAUGCUGAUCGUCUCUGCAUUUGGCAGAGCACAACUCUAGACGAAGUCAAGGCUUUGACAGAAUCACAGCCUUCUGCUGGGGAACAAGAGGCGUCAGCAGAGAAUAAUAAUUCAGAUCCUUUGCGAGAUUUCUGUGUCGACAUCAUCGUCCCCUUUUUCUCUGCUCGUCUACCGGAGCUUUGCGACUCCAUCAACCGCAAGCUAGGCGGUCCGGUGAUACAAGCCCCCAAAGAAAAGGCGAAAACAGUCGCAGCAUCCAAGCCAAAGCCUGGGGCCCCUGCGAAACGAGUAACAGCUACCAAAAAGGAGAAUGAAAGAACUCUACAGCGUGUGCUCUCCAAUGAGCGCAUGAGACGAAGUGUCUCAAGGGGUCCAUCUGGGACGAUCGCACUGCUGCGCUCGGCAAGUGCCACUGCCAUCCCGGGCCUGAAAAGAGAGGGCAGUGAGCCCCUGUUGGGAAUGAUACCCAAGAGCGAGGCUGUAGCGGUUAAAGAGAAGAACAUUUCCAUCUUCUCGCGGAGCGCUGGGUCUUUGGCAAACAAUGAAGACGCCAAGGCGAAAAAGAAGGCUCGUCUCGAGGCCGAGCUCAAGGAGGCCAUUUCUGCGCUUAAAAAGCCAAACCGGGCCUUGGCUGGUAAAGAGAUUGUAGAGGAGGCUGAGAGACGUACAGCUCAGCCAAAGAGUAAGCUUAACAAAAAGCAACCAAGAGCCGCCGGCGUGCAAAUCAAGGCCACUCCCGCGAACAAUCGAUUCAAGGACGUAUUCGCCAAAGAAUCACAGCCUCUACAUCUGGAUCAUCUCUUCGAAGAGGACGACGGUCCCGCCAUACCGUCUAGCGCCUCAGUAGUCCCUGCGUCUACUUUACCCCGCAAGUUCACCAACGUGUUUGCCACUUCCACCACCCCCAACAUCGGCGCCAACAACCCAUCUUCUCAAGGAGGGAAUGAAGCCGGCGGACAGCUCCCACCGCGCAAGCAGCAAGUGCAAGAGACUCCUCUAAGGAAAAAGUCCGUCCCACAUCUCUCGCUCCCUCAAAUCGACGAGGAGGAAGUCGAGGAGGAGGCGACCCCGGUACCGCCGCCCAAGACCGUGAACGUACACGUUCAAGCAACAACACCAAUGCGCAAACAGCGAUUUACACAGCAGCAACAACUACCAGUACCUCGACCCUCCGAGAGUCAUCAUCUCCAGGUACAACAAGCAAGAACCCCUCAACGAAAGCGAGGAGCUAUUCAGGGAACUCCUAUUAUGCGAAAUCGGAAAUCCCUACAACAAUCACUACUGCCCCAGAUCGUGGAGGAGGAAGACGUCGAUCCCCUAACCCACAGCACCAUCCCUUCGUCCUCUCCGAUCUUUUUUGCAAAAAGGUCGACGAUUAUUACGCCCCCGUUGUUUAAUAGGGCCGCAAAGCAGCAGCAGCAGCAGCAACACCUAGUCCCUCCAACACCCCUCGGCAACCGCUCCGGUAAUAAAGGAGCAGCAGCAGAUUUCCUCCCAUCCUCCCCUGGGUUUGCCUUCAUCGAGACCCCGCUGAACAACAACACAAAGACGGCGGCCAAGUCGACGAGUAGUACCAACGCCGCCGAAGGAGUUGUUGUUGAUGAUACCCCGAUUAAAUCUAGGCUUCCGACGAGUGCUUUUACCUCCACCACGACGGUGGGGGGUGGUGGUGAGAAUAACCGCCCUUUCAGUAGCAGCAGCAGCAGCAGUAGUCGUCGCAGUAGCAAUGGUAUGGGUAGAGGAGUAGGAGGAGGAGGAGUUACCAAAAUCAAGAAAGAGAAGGAGGACACAUCAUCGCCGGUCGUCAGCAUAUACCAGCGCUUGGGCUGGGAUGAUACAGAUGAUGAUUUGGCAUAAUUCUGGGGGACUUUAUGUUGUUGGGCGUCCGUUGUUCAUGGAUGGCAUUUAUAUAUAUACCCAUACCCAUACCCAUACCCAUACCCAUACCCAAUAAGGCAUUUGCAUACAUUCAGAAAGUUUCAGCGGUUAGGAAUCAGAAGAGAAGGUCGAAUAGGUAGCUGCAUCAGUUAGGGCUGCACGGAGAUAGAUGAUACAUAUGAGAAUAGAUGAAUAUCAAA